AUGGAGGUGAUGGACAGCUGCCAGUUCUCCCCGUCCGAGCUCUUCUAUGACAGCUCCUGCCUCUCCUCCCCGGAGGGCGAGUUCCCCGAGGAUUUUGAGCCCAGGGACCUGCCUCCCUUCGGCGCCCACGAGCCCCCCGAGCCCGCCUGCUCCGAGGAAGAGGAGCAUGUCCGAGCUCCCACUGGCCACCACCAGGCCGGCCACUGCCUCAUGUGGGCUUGCAAAGCCUGCAAGAGAAAAUCCACCACAAUGGACCGGCGGAAGGCGGCCACCAUGAGGGAGAGGAGGAGGCUGAAGAAAGUGAACCAGGCUUUUGAGACCCUGAAGAGAUGCACCACUGCCAACCCCAACCAAAGACUCCCCAAAGUAGAGAUCCUGAGAAACGCCAUCAGAUACAUCGAGAGCCUCCAGGAGCUCUUGAGGGAACAGGUAGAAAACUACUAUCACCUGCCGGGACAGAGCUGCUCCGAGCCGACCAGCCCCACUUCCAGCUGCUCCGAUGGGAUGGCCGACUGCGGCAGCCCCGUCUGGUCGGCGAGAGGCAGCAGCUUCGACGCCGUCUACUGCUCCGAGAUGGCCCACGGGUAUGCCGCCGAGCAGAGCAGCGCCCUGUCCAGCCUGGACUGCCUCUCCAGCAUCGUGGACCGUCUCUCCCCGGCGGAGGAGCCGGGGCUGCCCCUCCGCGACGCCGACUCCCUCUCGCCCAGCGCCAGCAUCGACUCGGGGCCGGGGACGCCCGGGACGCCGCCGCCCCGACGGACCUACCAGGCGCUAUGAGGGGCCCGGGGGGGCCGGCACCCCGCGCCUGCCGCCGCCUCCGCGGCCGCUGCCCUCCCGCCGGGGCCGCCCCCCUCGCCCAGCCGCGUCCUUCAAACGCUUCUCGGGCGAGAGGGGCAGCCCCAGCGCCGCUUGGCCCGUCGCCUCCCUCCGGGGCUGGGGGCAAAGCGCCCCGCCGGGCCCCGGCCCGGGGUCCCCCCGGGGCAGACCGACCGUGGGGCUCGGGACACGCGCGCUACCCUGGAAACCCCGCUGCAAAUAAAACG